GUCUAUUGCGCCGGGGCAGCUAGGUGGGCGCUCUGGCGGGGCCGUAUAAACUAGCGCACUAUGGCCUGUAAACCCGGGGUCACGCGCCCCCGGGCGGCGCUGCCGCGUCUCCACCCCCGGGGCCUAAGGCGGUGGCGUCACAGUCGUGCGGCCCGGGCUCCCUGACUACAGGCCUUUUGUUUCCGAGCGCGGCGCUCGGUGGGCCCAGGCGAGGAGAAGACCGGCAGGCAUGGGCCGCGCGGGCGCGGGCUACCCGGGGCGCGGCAGGCAGCGGUCCCGUAACCCGGGAGGGAGGCAGCGCAGAACCUGUAGGCGGCGGAAGGCCCCGGCGUGCCUGCGCCGGAGAGCGCGCCGCCGGCGGAAGAACCCCUGUCGCCACUGCCCAGAGCAGGAGACCGUUGAGUGCCAGGACCCGUGCGCCUCCCGCGACGACUGGCGCUGUGCGCGCUCCAUACAUGAGUUCUCAGCCAAGGACAUCGACGGGAACACGGUUUGCCUGGACAAGUACCGGGGUUUCGUGUGCAUCGUCACCAACGUGGCCUCGCAAUGAGGCAAAACCGACGUAAACUAUACUCAGCUUGUCGACCUGCACGCCCGAUAUGCUGAGUGCGGUUUACGGAUCCUGGCCUUCCCCUGCAACCAGUUCGGGAAACAGGAACCAGGAAGUAAUGCAGAGAUCAAAGAGUUUGCCGCUGGCUAUAACGUCAAAUUCGAUAUGUACAGCAAGAUCUGUGUGAAUGGGGAUGACGCCCACCCGCUAUGGAAGUGGAUGAAAGUCCAGCCCAAGGGCAGGGGCAUCCUGGGAAAUGCCAUCAAAUGGAACUUCACUAAGUUCCUCAUUGACAAGAACGGCUGUGUGGUGAAGCGGUAUGGUCCCAUGGAGGAGCCCCUGGUGAUAGAGAAGGACCUGCCCUGCUAUCUCUAGCUCCACAAGCGUGUUCCCUUGCCAAGCCCCUGCCCGCGCCCCCGGAACCUUCCACCCGGCACCUUUGACGGUCUGCCUAUAAACCUGCCACUGGUGAGGCAGACCCGAGAACCUGGCGUGCACCCUGCCGGAGGAAGGUCCCACAGCCCCGUUGGGCUUGGGCUUGCCCCUCACCCUCGGCUGCCUUGUGGGAAUAAAACAAAGAAAUCAG